UUUUUUUGUGCUUUGACUUUUACCAAGCUUUAUUUUCUUCUUACUAUUCUUGUCUUAGGUGGUCAACCAAAGGCGAGAGGCGAUCCACACAAGAUGAUUUCGUCAACGAUCAGUCGAUAUGCAUGCCGAAUCAUUAUUGAUCGUGAAAAUUAUGAUAAAGCAUUCCUAUAUGCUGCUGGAUUUGAUUCUGUAAAGAAUAUUUUCCUUGGGGAAAAAGCAACGAAAUGGAUGAAGAGAAACGGGGAAAUGGACGGGUUAACGACAAACGGGAUAUUGAUUUUGCAUCCGAAUAGAAACACGGAGACUCCCUUUCUUGAUAGUCCCAAAAAUCGUUGUCCUCUUAUUGAUAGCACACUUUCACAGGAGUUGUCUGAUGAAGACGUUCCUCCUAUGUAUGUAUGGCGUGAGGUCUCCGUUGAUGGAGAUAUCUACACAUUGCGCGAAACGCGAAGUAGCAGUGCUAGAGGUGCACUUGUACCGGAAGAAACGAAUAUGCUCCAAGAUGGCACUUUGAUUGAUUUAUGCGGAGCGACGUUGCUGUGGAGAACGGCAGACGGAUUACGUAAAUCGCCAACUGCUCAGGAAUUAGAAAUGGCACUAGACAGACUGAAUGCCGGGAAACCUCAGUGUCCAGUGAAUCUAAACACCUUGAUUAUUCCAAAAAAGAAAAGCUCAAAGGGUGGAGGUAGCCGGCAACCUUAUGUCUAUCUUCGCUGUGGACAUGUACAGGGCAAACAUGAGUGGGGACAUCAUGCGCUCUCGAAUGGUCAACAGUCCUAUAAGUGUCCUAUCUGUUUGGCGGAAAGCGAAAGAGUCAUACAGCUGACGAUGGGCAUGGAAUCUUCAUUUCACUUGGAUUCUGGCAGUCUGGAUUAUGCAUUCAAUCCUUGCGGUCACGUGGCCAGUCUAAAUACAGUGAGGUAA